CAGCGCUUCCGAAUUCUGCUCGGCGUCUGGGCGUCCGCGCCCUCCUGGGGCCUCGGCCUUCUGAGGCGAAGGGGCCAGGGGAGGCCCGGGUUAGCGAGGCCAUGUCCGGCUCUGGCCUGCCUGCGCGGCCCCGCUCGUUCCACGGCAGCGCUUUGUCACUCCCGGCCGAGGGCCUGUGCGCCGCCGACAAGUACUCCCGAGGCGCGGGCCGACGUGGGAUGGUGCAGGACUUCUGGGAGCCACAAAUGCUCCUUUUCCUGGAGGUGUGCCCCAAGGUGAGCUGUUACACCCUCUUCCUGGCAGCCUGUGCUCCCACCCCGGAAUCCUGCGCUGCUUCUCUGUCCUGCCUCUCCCGUUUGCUUCCACUCCACUGGCUGCAGGCAAAUGUUCUUUUCAGCCUCACUAAUCCCCGUGGCCGGUGUGUAACUCCCCAGAGCCCAGCCGGAGACUUCCAAUCCCGCCCCUUGGCCCGCCGAGCGUUGUGUGGGCAGGUCUGGAGGUCCGGAGAGAGUUGGGGCUCAUCCCGACCCCUUCCCGGCUCCCACGCCACCCCCACCGGCCCCAGGAGACCUGCGCGGAGAAGCCCAUGGGUUCUGAAAGCUGCGCCCAGAGACACUGCCCACUCUGAGUCCAGACGAGUGCUUGCCUCCUCGGCUCUCCUGGGGUCCUACAGCCUGUCCCUGCCCGUCCUCUGGUCAGGAAGAUUCCGCACCGCGCAGGAGGCCAGAGUGCGUUUGAGUCCCCAGUCCUUCGUCAGUAAAAUCUGCCCCAAUGUGAGAGUAUGAGCAAAAAAUACCAACAAUAAACCUAACACAUAUAUGGCACUUACAGUGUGCCGAGUACUGUUCUAAGCGCCUUCCCACAUAUUCACUCAACUGAAAUAGACAGAAAUGGGUUCU